AUGAUACGCCUUCAACACCAGAAGACACACCGUCCACCCCUGAAGACACCCCUUCAACACUUGAAAAUACCCCUUCAACACCAGAAGACACACCAUCUACACCGGAAAAUAUCCCUUCAACACCAGAAGACACACCGUCCACACCUGAAGAUACCCCUUCAACACCAGAAGACACACCAUCCACACCAGAAAAUACGCCUUCAACACCAGAAGACACACCGUCCACCCCUGAAGACACCCCUUCAACGCCUGAAAAUACACCUUCAACACCAGAAGACACACCAUCUACACCGGAAAAUACCUCUUCAAGACCACAUGACACACCGUCCACACCGGAAAAUACCCCUUCAACACCAGAAGACACACCAUCCACACCAGAAAAUACGCCUUCAACACGAGAAGACACACCGUUCAACCCAUUCAACACCAGAAGACACACCGUCCACACCUGAAGAUACCCCUUCAACACCAGAAGACACACCAUCUACACCUGAUGAUACCCCUUCAACACCAAAAGACACACCAUCUACACCUGAAGUAAUUUCCUCAACACCAGACACACUGUCCACAAAUGAUGAUACUAGCACAUUGGAGCCAACAGACCCAACGACAAGUCCAGUAUUGGCAGAUCCCUACAGCUUUUGGAACCCCUUCACAAUAACAAUGGUGGUAUUAAUAACUUUAAUAUUUUUUUUACUUGUUUCAAGUAUUUGCUUCUAUUUAGGUGUGAAAAGAGGUCGAAAUAAGAACAUCGUAAUAUUGCCAGAAUUUGAUGAUUUACCAAGAUCAAUGGUUAUACCACGAGUUGAGAGAAUUGGUAACCCAUCGAUAUUGCCCUAUUUAGCGUAA